AUGGCGUUUGCUGGGACAAAUAUCAGUUUGUCCCAGCCGGAUAUCACGCAGAAACUAACGGAGCGCAUAGACGACCUGAAGCAAAAGAUUGCUGCUUGGGGGAAGCGGAUUCGCCAAUUUACCGAGAGGUCAAGGCGGUUCACCCAGAAUCGUCUCUUCCAGAGUGAUCAGAAGAGGCUCUACAAAUCAUUGGAGCGACCAGAGGUAUGUGGAGCGGGCCCAGGACCGGAUCAGGCUAACACUGUCGCAUUUUGGCGUGGCCUGUGGUCAGAGCCCGUAAACCACAGCGAGGGCCCUUGGACGGAAGUUGUGGCGAGUCAGUGUGCGAGUAUUACGCCCAUGGACCCCGUCAUCAUAACGCCGGAUGACGUAGCUGAGGCGGUCCGUAGAGCCCCGAACUGGAAAAGUCCGGGACUCGACGGGCUGCAUCACUACUGGCUGAAGGGGUUCAUGGUGUGUUACGCUGUGCUCGCCCGUCAGUUUCAAGAGGCUCUCAACUAG